GUUCAUGGUAGUGUGACACUGUCGGACUUGGAGCUGCGUUUCACCCCGCGCCGCCAAAUACCGUAACAAACAGAACUGCGUUGCUUCCCAGCGGGACUGAAGAUGAAGACGCUGUUAACAUCUUAAACCAAAGCUCAUCAGCCAGCUAUGGGCACUGCUCCCAGCAGCUGUGUCAGUGGCACUGAGAGUGGGAGUGGCCAGGCAGAGGAUGACCGGCCUAUCAUUGAGAGGGAUGAGAUCAAGAGGCGGAGCUCCAGCAGGAGGCACAGCUCAGGAGAGACGGUGCACUGUCCCACCUGCCAGGGUACUGGACGUAUACCCAGAGGUCAGGAGAGCAAGCUGGUGGCUGUCAUCCCCUGCAAUGACCAGAGGCUGAAACCCAGACAUACGAAGUUGUACGUUGCUGUGUCUGUUACUGUGUGCCUCCUGGUCAGCUCCCUGGUGUUGUUCUUCCUGUUUCCCCGCUCUGUCAUACUGUCUCCAGUGGCAGUCAAGUCAUCCUUCGUUUACUUCACUAAAGAUGGCGUCCAAAUUAACAUCACGAAUGUCUUGAACAUCACCAACAACAACUUUGCGACGGUGCAGGCCUACAACCUGACCGUGCAGGCCCUGAACUUUGACACGGUGGUGGGAGCAGUUUCCAUCAAGAACGUCACAUUUGUCAAUCCUCUGUCAAUCAAAAUGUACUCCUUUGUGAUCCCCGUCAAGCUGACGGACACUGAGCUGAGUAACUACUGUAAGAAAGCGUCAUUGCCCGUCCACAUUCUGUAUCUGCACCUCCAGAUGGCCAUGACAGUUUACUACUUGGCCCACUAUGAGCAACUCUCCCUGGAGACAUACGAGUACAUCGAUUGUGGAGCAAACAGCACCAUACCACACAGUGUGCAACCCCCACCUCCCUGAUGGAUAGAUGGGUGGGCAGAGGAAGAGAUGAACAGAGAUACUGUUUGUGAAGAGGAAUAGCUGGGCCUGUAAUGUGUUUUUUUUUUUUCAUGAACUGUGUCGCUAAAAUGUUGGAUAAAUCUUGUGAUUCCUGGUGAUGCCAAUCAGGAUUCCAUUUAGGCUCCUCCUGGAUGGAUGGAUGAAUGAAGAGGCAGACAUUCAGCGAAUGAACUUUAAUCUGAUUGAGUGAAGUUACCUCCCCCUUCCUACCCUGCCCCGUAUCUGAAGGAAGGAGGGAAGGGUAGAAAUCACUCUCAUCAUCUCUACCCUGACAGUUCAACAACUCUACACAUCAAGUUGUACACUGGAGGAAACCCAGAAAAAAUGUUCAACAUUCAGUAGAUGUCGGUAAGGAGCCAACACCAACGUGAAAACAGUAAAAAUACACCGACAGAAUCAAAGUUGGUGCAGAAAUGUCACCUGAAUCAUCUGUUGGUAAUAAGGACCUGAUUAUACUCUGAUUGAAGUUCAGAGAUGAUGUUACUGAAAGUCCAAUCAGUCAUGUGAAAAUGUUGUCAUCUUUUGUGUUUGUGUAGAUUUGAACCACUGUCUGAAAGUCACUGUUCAAUACAUGCAAGUGCAUCGAAUUUUACCCAGUGCUGCAUUUUGUCUUUUUUUUUUUCAUGAGCUGGAAAAGUAUGGCACAGUAGAUUACACAUUAUGCACCGUAGUUGCAUUUGCUGUCUGUAAGGUCUUAGUAUGGGUCAAGCUCAUAAAUAAUGUAACUCAA